CCGCAAUCCAUCCGCCUCCAUUGAUCGGAUCAUCAAAUAUAUUGAUUGUGAUUAUUGCGACCGCAGCCUGCUACUUUCGCUUUUCCUCUCACAUCACGUUCGUGGCACUCUACGAUCUUCUCCGUCGAGGCUGAGGCCGGGGCAAACAUGUGGUCGGUGCUUUCGGCGUUGGGAGGAGGGUUUUCGUUUCAAGGCCAUCUCAUAGACUAACGCCGAAUCGUCCAUCCGCAAUCCAACUCAAUGUUAUCUGUCGGGGCGGUACCAGAUCCUGCGAAGAUGGCCGCAAAGGCAAGGGUCGAGGUCGUCAUCCCACGACAACCUCGAGAUGGAACCAACCGCAGACAGUUGUCUGUAGAUGAAGCCUUGCAGUACACGCCUAUGACUACGUCCAUUCUGCCCUCACAUGAUCGUAUAUCCAUCCCACAGAUAGGCCCUCCAGGCCAUAUACGCCUUACCACUCCGGCCGAGCGCCAGGCCGCAUACCGCAAUGAACACUAUACCCAGCAGACAAGAGAACGUCUUGCAACGUUGUUGGACCCGAACCACCUUUCGGAAAUAAAGUUCAAACGCUCCGCUGUCCCAACGGAGACUCCGGUCAAGUCCAACUUAAACCCCAUACAGGAACUGGUUUUGAGGUUGACCGACGUCGAAUACACCCAUCCUUCUUCAGUCUCCCGUCAUUCUCAUGUCAAAAAGGAGAGCCCCGACAAGGCUGUACCCAGAUCAAGUCAGGCUUCAGUGAUCGUGGAGAUCCCGCAGCCUCCUCCAUCCUUUCGGCGGAAUGAGUACGUUGCCAUGCCUGAUUCUCCCAAAAGACGGAAGUUGGCCGAAUCAGAGAGUAACGACAAGCUUGCUUUGGCACUUGCUUCCAAGAAAGAAAAAGAUGAUCAACUCCUGGCGAAUCUUGAAAACCAACUUGUGGAAAUCUUCGAGGCUCAAGAUCGGCUGGCUCCUGACACAUCCGCCGCAACCACUGGCUUCAACAAUACUAUAUUCGAUGUCCCGGACGAAGAAGAUGAAGCUGAGCCACGUCUCACAAUCGCUACUCAUGAGAAAUUGCAGGGUAUACUGAGCAAGGUGGUUGCCUCUGGCCGCUUAGCAGACGCCUCCACGGAGUACAUCCAACGUCUCCAGCAACUCUGCGAACCUGCUAUUGAGGCAGCGCAGACCGUGAACUUGAGAGUCCCAUCGAAUGCAUCCCCAGAAGACUUGGGCAUAUGGCUGGCAAAGAUUCAUAAAGCAGAAAGCGGAGCGGCUGCGGCGUGCACCUUGAUUUAUACCGUUCUGGGCGCAGCUCAAAACACGGACCUCGUCAAUUUGGAAGUACUUCAGUGGUUUCCGAACGUCCUAGUGAAUGUUUUCGAGAAUUGCCUGAUACCAGUGAUCGAAGCUAGGCCAGAUGGACCCGAGAGCGGAGUGUUCGAGAUGGCAAUAGCACACAGCGAUUCGCUUAGAAAACUCAUGGACGUUGGUCGACGGCUCCUGGAACUUGUUGCGACAGUUUGCGUUCAGGUGAAAGGAGCUGGCUCGACCGUUAACGCAACAGAGUUUCUUGCUUCAAAGCUCAUAUUUGUGCAGAAUGCCCCUACUGAUAAAGCCGCGGCCUUGGGCGCUCAAACCUACGAGCGGAUGCGGAAACAAGCGAUGGCCGUCCUCGCAAAAUUGUACGCAGCAUUUCCUGGCGAAAGAGCUGCGAUUCUGGAUGAGGUCUUGACGUCCCUGGAUAAACUACCGUCCAACAGUCGCAGUGCGAGGCAGUACAAGCUGGGGAGCGGCAAGAGCAUUCAACUUGUAUCUGCACUCUUCAUGCAGCUUGUCCAGACCCCUGCCAUGCAGACUGGAAAGAACACAUCCCCGAAAAGGCGACGACAACGGCGGAACCUGUCGCAAGAACUGCUCGAAUCGGAUGAUGCGGACUCGGCGAGUGAUAAUGAAAUGGAUCAUAUGGCCGUUUCUGAAGAAAACGAGCCUGACCCCGUGUCCAAGUUGGCCCACACAGCGGAUGCGCUUUUCGAUGAUGCUUUUAAGAGCGCCCAGCAAAUUGUGGGAUGGAUGGUCGAUAAAGCCUCAAAGGUCACCAAGACUGGUGAUUCGCCUUACCGCAACAUUCUUGAUCUGUUCGUGGAGGACCUAACAGUAGUGUUACCGUCGACAGACUGGCCUGCCUCGGAAUUGCUCCUUACCGUCCUGGCUUUGCGGAUGAUCACGCUCGCCAAGACGGAUAAGGCUGCUUCUACCAAGAAUAUGGCGCUGGAGUCUCUGGGAGUCAUGGGUUCUGCGAUUUCCGAACUUCGGGAAACUGCGAGAAACCUUCUGUCCUCCAUCUUACGGGACAGUGAAUCAAGUUCUUCCAAAAUCGGUCAGGAGUUGUCACACUUGGUUCGGGAUCGAUCUCAUUUCUUCCUCCAGAAUGAUGAACUUAUUGCACCGGGAGGCCCAUUUGCUAUUGUCCACUCGUAUCUAAUGUCCAAACGUGGGGAGAGCCUCAGGACGAAAUCUGCAAAGGCAUAUUUCCUGGUCCAGUAUGCAACUUUGAUUGCUCGGACAUUACAUGGGCCACAGAAUGAUGACCAGGAACCUUCACUAGAAAAGCGCCUGUCAACCACUGUCACAAGGAUACUCCAGCAGCUGGCCGAACCAGACGAAAUUCAUCCAUCGAUCGAGGAAGAUAUUGCCGUUACGAAUCAAGAAGCGCAGCUAGCGUAUCUGCUCAGUGUGCUGAACAUGCGUUUCUGCCGGAGAUUCCAGGAUAUCGCAAAGACACUGGCCUCUUCGCUUUCUAGUGAUCAAGCGCAGGUCAGAAGUCGCAGCUUGAAGAGCGUUGUGACUAUCUUGGAGACGGAUUCAAGCCUCCUUGACUGGGAUCCCAGCAUAGCAGAUGACGUCUUCAAAUGUGCUUCAGAUGAUUCAUCAUUGGUUCGGGAUUCCGCGCUUUCUUUAAUUGCCAGAUUCAUCUUGCCCAGACAAGGGCUGGAAGAGAAGGCCUUCAGACGACUUUUGAAAUGCGCAGGGGAUGCCAAUAUAGGCGUGCAGAAACGAGCCAUGGGCCAUUUGAAAGACAUCUAUCUGAAGGAGUCGCGGCAAAACAUGAAAGUGACCAUUGCCAUCGAAUUUCUGCGAAGGACCGCAGAUCAGGAAGAAUCUGUGGCCGAACUGGCAAGAAAAACGUUGGCAGAUAUCUGGUUCGCUCCAAAUCUCGCCAUUCUCGCAAACGCUGAUGAGACUGCCCAGGCGGCAGUCGCUGUUGAAAACUUCAAAGCACAAAUUGUCGCUUGUAUCAACAGCGAUACUGCUGCAAUGGCACCUCUCCUCAAGGACUUUCUGGUGUGGAAGCUCAAAGAUUCGAAGCAGGCCGAACAAGUACACGAGCUCUGCGCACGAAUUGUCAAGAAACUCUUGGAUACGGCCAAUGGCUCUGAAGCAGGUCCCGCUGAUUUGACAACAUUGGUAGCAUUCGCAGAAGCUAGGCCGCAGACUGUGGUACCAUCUGAUCUGGCCAGUCUGAAAAGCUACUUGAAGGAUUUAUCCAAGUCAGACAACAUCCUGAAGUUCAAGUCCGUUGUGGCAAUAUUCCGGUCCGUGCUCCCGCACUUGUCAAAAACGCAGGAGCCGCUGCUACAGGAAGUUCAGCUGGAUCUCAUGAAAGCUGCCAAAAACCUUGCCCGUCGACAGGAAUUGGAGGAAGUGAUGUCUUGUCUGCGUAGUAUCGACGGCGUGCUGCACAAUACCGGCAGGAUUGUCGCAUUUGCCAAGUCCAUCAUGCAGAAUGUGAUACAGCCCAGAAUCGCGCCGCAGCUCAAGGAGCAGUUGAUCAAAGCAAAUCAAACGAAGGAACUCCAAGCACGAGAGAACAAGGUCAGAGAACAAUCUCUCCGAUUGGCCGGCACAGUGGCAAAGCACAUUGAUCUGGAAAACUUUCGAAAGACGUUUCAAGCUGACUUUCCCAGCUUCAAAGCUGGGCCAGUCGCAGGGUUCAUCGCUGACAGCAUUCUCCCAUUUACUUUCAAGGGACCCAACGUCGAGUUGCGCCUCAAAGCCUUGGAGAGUUUGGGCUUGGUCUGCCAAGCCUGGCCAGGACAGUUAAAUAAACAGCACAUCCGCGAAACAUUCUUCCAGAUAUUGGAUGGGACUUCUUCGACCACGCUGCAAGAGAACGAUCUCCUGAAAAUGCAGCUCAUAGUCCUCGGGAUAUUCGACGAGCUGUAUGCAAACCGUGUCAGCACAAGAACCGAGCCGAACCAAACCGAAGGCGCGGUCGAAGCCCAGGCCUUGAAGAACAUCGGUGGGGAUAGCAAGACCAGAGAGGAUGAUAGUGCCAUAUCGACAAUCACCAACCCUCUGGUAGAUCGGCUACUCCGAAUUGUCAUGUCAGAAGCGGGCGAAAAGGCACUACUGGCAGCUCAGACGCUUGCGAGCAUCGACCACCAGGGGAUGACACAUCCGAAGCAGAGCACAGCAGCCUUCGUCGCGUUGGAGACGAAUCCGGAUCUUCGGAUUGCUAAUGUGGCCAGAAUUGCUCAUGGACACCUUCAUCAGCAGCAUGAAUCAGUAUGUGAACGUGAAUACAUCCAUGCGGUCUUCGAGGCAUUCCGGUACCAGAAGGAAGUUUUCAAGGACCCUCGUGGGGCAACGGUUCCGGGGUUCAAAGCCAAACUUUCCCCAGCUUUUUCCAUCAUCAACACCAGUGGGUCCAAAUACGUCAAGAAAUUUCUCAGCAAUUUGAUUUCCAAGCUCAAUACCGAAUACUCUAAAUUAUCCAUUAAUGACGAAGAGAUCCCAGAGCACGUCCUUUUCGUGCUGUUCGUCACGCAAAAUCUCGCCUUCUUCGAAUAUAAGAAAAUGGACGAACUCCUGCAUGCCGUGCUGCAGUUGGAAUUGGUAUUUGGCAAAACCGGCGGUGAGACGGCGCAAGCAAUCGAGAGUCACAUUCGCCCCAUCGUCCACGAGCCAGCGGACACCGGCGAGACCAGCGAGGUGAUGCAAGAUGGUCAGAUGGAUGCUGAAACGUCAGUUGACCCUCUAACUCUGAGACGAAUGGCCGCAGCUGCGUGUGCUAUAACACUCAUUUCAGAGGCAAGAAACUAUCUGAAGCGACAAUACGGACUCUCGAGAGAUAUCAAGAUGGCAAUGCAGCACAAUAAGCAGACUAAGGAGUCAGUCAAGGAACCGGUCAAAGUGCAUGGUAUCACUGGAGACAAGUACUGGAACAGCAGCAACGCCGUGUUAGAGUCUUUGGCCAGCAGAGAAAUGAUGAUUGCACGAUGCCGAGAAUUCGUUAAUCUCGUGGCUGUGGACGAUGAAGUGAAGAUCGCCGAAGAGGAAGGGGAAGCGUAUCCAGUCAACAGCAUGGUCGCUCAACCCAGUACGAAUGGCGUUCGGGGGCGAAAACGGAAGAGUACCGAUGGGUCGAUGGGAGGUACACCCAAGCGGCCUCGUGGUCGACCAAAGAACAGCGCAAAGCGACGCUCGUCAAGCGUAUCAUCUAUGGACGGCCCCGAAGGUGAGUUUGCAGGGUGAGUGCAGACUAACAGCUCAAGGCGUGGAAAACAUAUCUAGAUUUUGAUGUGGUGAAUUCUUUUAAUGAUUGAAAGACAUGGAUGGGGAAAAGGCAUGAAUUUGGGCGGCAUCUUCGAGGAAGUGGGUGUUUACGGACAUCGCGGAUGCUGUUUCACAUGAAUCAUUAUGAUACCCCAUACAGUUUGGAAGUGGCGGCUGCGGACGGCUAGAGAUGCAACCGCGGCAUAUUAGUACGGAAGAUAUGCAAUUAAAUCACGUACGACCUAGAGA